AUGUCUGCAAGCUGGUGGAGGGACACAACUGUAACCACUGAGAAUCUGGUGGAAUUGCAGAAAGAGGCAAUUGACGAGCAGAUCUCAUUCGAGGAAGAGGAAAUAAGUGAGAAACAGCUCUCUUCCAUGAAACUCGAGGAGGCAUGCCAAAUGUGGGUAAACCUACAGACUUUUUUACAGCAGCACCACCCAGAUAAGGCUCUAGCCCAAAGACUUGUCAACAGUUUUGACACCGACAUGUCCCCUUUCCGAGGGAUGCUUAAAAGGCACCAGGGGAAGCAGACAAUGGAAUGGUUCCUACAAAAACCACCUAGACAUGAAGAAGAACCUGCUUGUGUUAGUGAUGCCCAGUUGCCCUACACCUCCUCUUCUUCCAAUUAG